AUGUGGAAUCAACCUGAAGAAUAUUUCAUUGAAGUCGUUUCUAAUUCAUCGAUGGAAAUUUUUCCUGAAAACACUCUUUCUAAAUUUUCAAAUAAACUAUCAAGACCAAUCGAUUUAGUUGGUGAAUGGGUCGUUGGAAUACAAGAAAUUUUUUAUCCAACAGACAUAAGCGUCACAGCCAGAACUACUUCAUUACAACUGCUAUCAAGCAACUCAAGUAAAACAAUGGCUGUUGAGUUUACUCUUAAAGCAACAGAUGAUUUGAAUACCGUCAUAAAGAAAAUUAAUAAUGCGAUCAAAGCAGCUUAUGCCUCUACCGCAUCGAAAAAGGUCAAACGUGACACCUUGCAAGCUUUUCACAAUUUACUAGCUACAAACGUGAUGCAAUUGAGUGAUCAAGAAAAAAUACAUCAUCUAGGUGAAAUGAUGCAUAAAGGAUCCUCAGCAUUUACUGGACUGAUAGCAAGAAUCACUAAAUUAACCAAUCAAGUUGAGGAAAAAGACAAGAAAAUAAAUACUUUGAGCGAACAUGUCAAAUUAGCAGAACAACAUCUUAAGAAACUGAAUGAUGAAAAGACCUCUCAAAAGGAGGUAGCUAAAGAAUUUGAAAAACAAAAGAUAGAUUUUCAAAAUAGUCUUACAGGUUAUCUAGAACAAAUCAAUGCACUGAAAGAAAAGAAUCUUAUGCUUGAAAAUAAUCCUUUAAUACAACAACUUAAAGAAAAAAUUGAAAAAGAGAAAAGUGCAUCAAGAGAUCUUGAGAACAAGAUUAAAGAUAAAAAUAUUGAACUGCAAAAUAUUCAACAACAAUUGAAAGACAUAACAAUCAAAGUAAUAAAAGACGAACAGGAUAACAAAAUAUUUUGGCGCAGAUACUUAGACAAAGUGAAAGCAAAAUCACAAUUGUCAGAUGAGAAGAUGAAGGAGUUAGAGGCAAAGUUGAACAAUGCAAAAUCAGAUGAAGAAAUAGCUAGUGAAUUUACAAGAAUGAAAGAGAAGCAAGAUGAGGAGAUGGAUGCUUACAGAAAAGAACGUGAGAAAGAGCAAGAACAAUUUACAAAGGAGAAAGAGGAAUUUCAAAGUAAAGAGAAAUUGUGUCAACAGCAAUUGCAACAAUUGAAAAGGACUCAAGAAACGCUUGAUGCAACUAUUGAAAAAUUGAAAGAAGAUGUAAAGUCGAAAGUACCUGUGGAAGAGUUAAAUAAACUUACAUCUAACUUGACUGAAAUAAUCGGCGAGAAAAGCAAAAUAGAAGCAGGAUAUAAAGAGCUUGAAAAUGUAAAUGCUACAAUAACUAAUCAGCUUAAUCAAUUUAAAGCUCAACUGACCAAAGAACAAGAAUUAGAUUUAAAAGCAAAAAAGGAUAAUGAAAAGGAAAUAGUUAAGCUGAAAGACGCAAUAGAACAUGAAAAGGCCAAUGCUGCUAAACUGCAACAGCAAAUAAAUGACAAGACAAAAGACGUUGCAAAUUUGCAAAUUGCUUGUUCAAAAACGAAAGUUGAAUAUGAUUCGAAUUUGAAAGAAUGGAAUGUUCAUUAUGAAAAAAGACUGCAAGAGACGGUACAGGAAAUGCAAAAGCUCCAAUCAGAAUUACAAAGCUUAAAAUCACCUGAAAUGAAAGCAAAACAGGAACAGAGGAUAAUAAGCCUGAAAAAAGAAAAGGAUGCUGAAAUUUUGGCAAUCAAAAAGGAAAUGGAUGCAGCAAAACAGAAUUUCGACAGAGAAAUGAUGAUUUUCCAAGAUAAAGAAAAAGAGCAUCAACGACAACUGAAACAGUUUGAAGCUGAUAAAAAAGCUUUGACUGAUACUAUUGAGAGAAUGAAUAUUGAAUUAGAGAUGAGACUUCCAAUGGAGCAAAUACAGAAAUUGAAAACUAAAAUAGCUGAAAUUAAUCAUGAGAAAAUUGCAAUUGAAUCUACAAAUAGAACUCUGCAAGAAAAACAGUUAAAAUUAGAAACUCAGCUGGCAAAUUUGAAACAAGAAGUUGAAAAACAGCAAUCGGCUAGAGAAGAGUUAGUCAAAGAAAUGCAUGAAGUAAAGCAAGAUUUGUACAAAUUCAAGCCACAAGUAAAUUAUGACAUUGAAGUAGAUGAAGAAGAUCAGAUUCCAGUGAUUGAAAUAGACAGUGAAAGUAUUGUUAAAAUAAGGAGAGGAUAUUCGAAGAAAAAGAUUUUAAUACCAUAUUUCACAGAUCCAGCAUUUCUACAGUCUCUGGGUUUUGAUAUUUAUUCUUUUCAAUCUGACAUUGCUCGCCUCAUGACUACAGACACUUGCAUUAAAGCAAGUAAAAAAGCAGUUUUUGAUUUGAAAGCACAUCUAAUGUUUGUUUACUCAGAUAUUGUUGCAGAGCACUUUGUUGGGGACAAAUCUUCAAGAGUAUUGAGAGUGUUACCAAUACGACAAAGUGACAACAAUGAACUGGUUCAUGAAAGAUUCAUGAAACCAUUCUAUUAUCCAAUCAGGUCUAACCGCAUUGAGCAAAUAAAUUUCAUUCUGUCUGAUGAGACUGGUGAUGCUGUUAAAUUUAAUUCUGGAAGAGUUUUGAUUGGGUUGCAUUUAAAAAAAGUUGUAUAAGAAGUAAUCAAUAAAUUGUUUUUAAAAUAUUAACAUGCAGAGAAAAACUUAUUGUGCUUGUGAUUCUGACUUGCAAAAAUUUUUCAACCACCAAAUUGGUUCAGGUUUUGGUGAUAUUGACGUGUUUAGAGGCUCUCCCUAUCAACGUGGUUAUGGAAUAGGUAGUUUGAUUGGUAGGUUCGGUAUUCCAAUAUUGAAAUUUUUAGGUAAACAUGCACUAAAAACAGGUGUUGCUGUUGGAUCAGAUGUGCUUGAAAAGAAACGUUUUAAAGAUUCGUUGAAAAGCCGAGCUACUGAGUCACUGAAAAAUGUCGCGUCUGAGUCAAUGAAUAAAGUGAAUAGUAUGCUACAA